GACCCGCCCCCUGCUGCAGAGACUGGACGGAGCAGAAACAUCUGGAGCAGCUGCUGGUUUCUGAGUUCUGCUGUGCGACCAGCCAUGUUUUCUCUGGCAUCCCGGUCGCUUCGCCUCAGCGUUGCUGGUUGCCAAGCAAGCCGGCGCUCCUUAGCAACGGUUAUUUCCGGCAGCAAGACGUCCAAGUUGGUGAGGGAGCGGCUGAAGAACGACGUGGAGAAGAUGAGGAACCAGUUCUCUGGGUUCAGACCCGGUCUGGUGGUUCUGCAGGUGGGAGACAGAGACGACUCGAAUCUCUACAUCAGCUCCAAACUGAAAGCUGCAGCCGAGAUCGGAAUCGAAGCCAAACACAUCCGGCUGCCGAGCUCAGCGGCUCAGGAAGAGGUUCUGCAGAGCAUCAUGGCGGUCAACCAGAACCCGGCGGUCCACGGCCUGAUCGUCCAGCUGCCUCUAGACUCCGCCCACAAGAUGGACACCGACCUCAUCACCAACGCCGUCUCCCCCGACAAGGACGUGGACGGGCUGAGCUGCAUCAACGCAGGAAAGUUGUCUCGAGGCGAUCUGAGCGACUGCUUCAUCCCCUGCACCCCCAACGGCUGCAUGGAGCUCAUCCGGCAGACAGGCGUGUCAGUGGCAGGUAAACACGCCGUCGUCAUCGGUCGCAGUAAGAUCGUCGGCGCUCCGAUGCGCGACCUGCUGCUGUGGCGUCACGCCACCGUGACCACCUGCCACUCCAAGACCCAAGACCUACCUGAGCAGGUGGGCCGGGCCGACAUCCUGGUGGUGGGGGCGGGCCGAGCCGAGAUGGUGAGGGGGGAGUGGCUGAAGGUCGGCGCCGUGGUGAUCGACUGCGGGAUCAAUCACCUUCCAGAUGAGACCAAAGCCAGCAGGAAGCGGGUGGUUGGUGACGUUCACUACGCCUCGGCCAAUCAGAGAGCAGGAUUCCUAACGCCGGUUCCUGGAGGGGUGGGGCCGAUGACGGUGGCCAUGCUGAUGGAGAACACGGUCCAAAGCGCUCAGCGGUUCCUCCUCAGGUCUCAGUCACUCAGGUGAAAAUCUGACAGCUCAGGAUGAAGUGAAGCUCCAGCUGCAGCUUGGAUCCAUUUUUUAUAUUUUAUUUUAUUCUGAAACUUUCCAACCUGCAGCUAAAAUACGUUUAACCAGAAAUUAUGAUAAAAAUGUUUACAAUAAACAACAAAACCUCA